AAUCCUCAAUUUGAAUCGGAGCAUGGCCUUUCACGUCGCCUGCCCAAUUACAUGUCGUCGAAUUUGCUACUGUUCGCUAGGGUUUCCUAAGGAGCUACAGAACGAUAAGGGGAAAAAUGGGUUCUUGGAGGAAAUUGCUAGGCUCAAGGAGUUUUUGGAUGAUCCGUGGUUGAUUAAAAAUGAUAAGAAGACGGUACAGGUUCUUGUUCCGAAGGUAGCUGUUGCGCCUCCUCCGCCACAGGUGACUGUGACGCCUAAUGUUGCUGUUGUUGAUGGAAAUGCUGCGGAGGAGAUGUUGUCGGCACAGAAUAAGAGGGCAGCGCUGCAGCGGAAGGCGGCUGCAGCAUCACUGGUGGCGGAGGAUUAUGCUAGGCGAUUUGAAUCUGGGGAAACGGUGGACGCCACUAAAGAUCUUGCUGGAGAAGAGCAGGCCCUCUCCAAUGCGAAAGUAAUGUGCCGUCUAUGCUUUUCCGGAGAAAAUGAAAGAAGUGAGAAAACAAAGAAGAUGCUAUCAUGCAGAAGUUGUAGCAAGAAGUAUCACAGGAGCUGUUUGAAAGCCUGGGCCCAUGAUAGAGAUCUAUUUCACUGGAGUUCCUGGAGCUGUCCUUCAUGUCGAAUAUGUGAGGUAUGCCGAAGAACUGGUGAUCCAAACAAGCUUAUGUUUUGCAAAAGGUGUGAUGGUGCAUAUCACUGUUACUGUCAGCACCCUCCACACAAGAAUGUCAGCAGAGGACCUUAUCUGUGCCCCAAGCAUACAAAGUGCCACAGCUGUGAAUCUACGGUCCCAGGGAAUGGUUUAAGUCUCAGGUGGUUUCUAGGGUAUACUUGCUGUGAUGCUUGUGGAAGAUUGUUUGUAAAGGAGAAGUAUUGCCCUGUUUGUUUAAAGGUGUACAGAGACUCUGAAUCCACACCCAUGGUUUGUUGUGAUAUAUGUCAACGCUGGGUGCAUUGUCACUGUGAUGGAAUUAGUGAUGAAAAGUAUUUGCAAUAUCAAGUGGAUAAUCACCUGCAGUACGUAUGUGCCGCAUGCCGUGGAGAAUGCUACCAGGUUAGGGAUCAAGAAGAUGCUGUCCAGGAGCUCUGGAGGAGGAGAGACAAAGCUGAGCAGGAUCUAAUUGCUAGCCUAAGGGCUGCUGCUGGAUUGCCAACUCAAGAAGAAAUAUUUUCUAUUUCACCUUAUUCUGAUGAAGAGGAUGAUGGACCUGCAUUGAAGAAAGAGUAUGGGCAUUCACUGAAGUUUUCUCUCAAAGGGAUAGUUGAUAAAUCCCCCAAGAAGAGCAAGGAAUACGCGAAGAAGUCUGCAAACAAGAAGCAUGGAAAGGAGAAGGGAUUUCCUGCACCGAUAUUUGGUAGAGUUGAACAACGUAUUGAAGGAUACAGCGAUGGUCAAUCUAUCGGAUCCAUCACGGGUGAUAACAAGGAUGAAGAUGUGCAGUCCCAUAGAAAUGUAGAACCUGAUAAGCUAUCAUUUCCUGUUACUGGCAGUUUGACUGACAGGAUGUUGUCAGUUAACCAGGCUGAUGUCCUGAAACACAAGCUUGCUAAUGAGGUUCCAGCGAAAACAGAGCGUAGAACCUUCAGAGAUAAAAUGAAAGAUUCUAGGUCACAUCAACUGCCGACUGUGGAUGACCCUGUGAAAGAGGCUGUCAAAUCAAAGAACACUAAGGGACCAAAGUUGGUCAUACAUUUGGGUGCCAGAAAUAAAAAUGUAGCAAGUUCUCCAAGGUCUGAUGCAUCAAACUCUCUCCUGGAGCAAGUGUUGACCGCUCCCAAUGAUGGUGAAGACAUGGUUCAACAAAGAGCGAAUGAAAAUCGUUUGGACUUGCAUGACAGCACAUCGAAGUUCUCUGAUAUAGAUGGACACAACAUAGACCAGGCUGAUGAAAUAAAAGGACUGAAGUUGAGAGCAAAAGAGGGAAACAUUAUCUCAAUGAAAAACCCGAACCCAAAACAUUCUAAUUCAGUUUCACAUUCUUCCCAGAAGGAACUAAAGCCUUCAUUCAAACUCAAAUUCAAGAACCCGUAUUCUGGUGAUCAGAGUUCUUGGGCUCCUCCUGGGGAGGAAGAUAAGAGUCUUGUCAAGGGUCAAAGGUCUAAGAGAAAGAGACCACCACCUUCUAUGGAUAAAUCAUCUUCCAUUAAGGAAGAUAAAGGGGCUGGACACUUGUAUGAAGACAAAGAUAUGAUGAGUGAGAUAAUGGAUGCGAAGUGGAUAAUUCAGAAGUUGGGAAAACAUGCAAUUGGAAAGAUGGUAGAAGUUCUUCAGCCAUCCAACAAUUCCUGGCACAAGGGAUCAGUAAUCGAAGUCUCCGAAGACACGUCUACUGUAAUGGUCAGUUCGGAUGAUGGGAAGGCCAUAAAUGUGGAUCUUGGUAAACAAGGAAUUCGUUUUGUUUCACAGAAGCAUAGACAAACCUGAAAGAAGAAACAAAGGAAUGGAGUUGGAGCAUUUCGAUUCCUCAACUCGUAGGUGAGUUUGUUAACUUGACAGCUUUGUUAGCUUGUUCGUAGUGUAUGAUCAUGUCCAGUUUCCGGAUGCAUUUUGGUGCUCUAUUUUUCUGUUGCUUAGUUAUUGUCAGAUAUGUUAUGUAGCAGCAUGUUUAGUAUGAGAUUGGUUCCAACUGCUAGCAUCUA